AUGGCGAGUUUGCCGCCCCCGCCGAGACACCCAUCGUCUCGCACCCUCCCUCGCCCCGGCCCUUCACCCUUUACUCGGCCGCAGCAUCCAUCCGUCGCAGGCCAGGCAGGAGACUCAGGAGGGACCGGGGACGAUCUUGCGACAGAGCGGGGUGAAUUGCCAGUGGCGGCGACCCUCGAGACGCCUGUCAUCGCGGUCACUCGGCCGGAAACUCCGUCGACCCCUCCCCUUCCAGUCGAGGACCGCCUACAGACGCUCGAUGCGAGUCCAACGACAGCCCCACCUCCUCGACACCCUCUCACAGCCCGCUUUGUCGACCCAGAACCCGUCGCCUCGCCAAAUACACCCCUCGGACCGCCUCCUUUACGCCGCGAGACCACUGCUGCGGAUGCGAAACUGGCAGAGUUGGAGGAUCUUGAGAUCCAGGACUUGUUGCAGCGUGUCGGGGACUAUCUGACGGAUGUCAAGGUGGCGGGACUUGAUGCGGAGACGGUCGAGUAUCCGGAAGUCGAGGCGUACAGGAAGGAAGAGGGUGGUGCGGUGGACUGGAUAGGAUACGGUGUCGCCUACAUGUCCUGCUUUGUUCACAACAACUUCCCCGCCGGCCUCGUUGGGCCUCCCCCGCCCGACUCGUUCUCCUUCCGCUAUUUCCAAGGCGACCUUGAGCGCCUCUACGUCCUGUGUCCCCCUCCAGUUCUCCAACGCCUCUUGCUCGGCUCGCUUGGCAAGAUCUGGCGGUGGGAAGACCCGCGACGAACCGGUACCUGGGCAGCGAUCUACCUUUUCCUCUGGUUCCACGACCUCAUCCUGUUCUUCCCCUUCGCGUUCUUUCUCUACCACCUCCUCAGCGUGCGGUUCUUCCCGCCUACCACGGACGAAUUAAUUCGGCGCAUCCAGGAGCGGAGGAACCGAGCGAAGGAUGCGACGGAGUUGGGCAAGCAGCUCAAGGCAAGCUCGGUGUUUGGAAUGGCUGGGCAGGGAGUUAAGGGCUUGUGGGCUGAUGUGAGGGGGAGGCUUGGCCGGGAGGAGGAGGAGGAGGAGGAGAGGUCUAUCGCGGCGGGUCUCGGAGCAGGGCUGAUGCUCGGUGGGAUGGCCGCGAGCAGCGGGAUAUCCAGCUCGUCGUCGAACCCGAUUGAGCGUGUACGGUCACGCAGUCGGUCCUCUUCGUCCGCUUCCUUACCGACGACCGCCCCGCCAACGCCGCCAACUCCGCCUGCGACUUCGGCUCUCGCCCGCGGUCUCGGCGCCUCCGCAGCCGUCUUCUCCGCGCCUUCCGCCCCGACCACCACUCGACUCCCCGACCUCGAACCUCCUCCAGCCUCCCGCAUCAACGUCAACGACCCGGACUACGACCCUGCUCGAGCGAAGGGAGGGAAGGAGGGCGAUGGGAACGUCUCGCUUUACAGGCUUGUGAGGAACUUGACGACGUUGCUGGGACCUCAGGUAUUGAUGUGGACGGAUGAGGCGGCGGAUCUGGCCGAGAUGGUCAAGAACCUCAUUCUCCACCCCUCCCACCCGUCAACAAUCCCCAUCAUCCUCCGUCUCUCCGCAAUCUGCCUCACCCUCCUCCUCACGCCCCCCUGGCUGCUCUACAAGUCCCUCUGGCUCUGGCUCGCCAUCGAAGUCUUCGUCCUCUGGCGCAUCCGCGAACUCCACCCUUCAUGGCGUCGCGCGACCCUCCCUUACUGGCUGCUCCUACACGGCGCACCAACGGACGUCGAGUACGCGUUAUGGAGUCUCAAGGGACGGAGCAGGCCGCUCAAGGGGUCGAAGACGAUCAAGCGCGCUGGGCGGGACGUGAAGGAUGGGAGGCUGAGGGCGUUGAGUGAUGCGGUCAAGAAGGGUGGGAAGGCGUUGAGUCGCAGUGGGAGUGAGACGAGUUUGGUCACGCUUGGGAAGGAGGAGGAGGUGCUUGGCUCCUUCUUCGCCUUGCACGACUCGAAACCCGGCACGCUCCGCCUCACCUCCAGCGCAAUCCACUUCAUCCCCUCCGUCCGCCUCCGCCGAUUCGGCAAACUCGCCUGGCGCAUUUCUCGUCGGUCAAAGAGCUCGUCCGAGUCUGACGAUGGAGCCGACACGGUAUCCAUCGCCUCGUCGACGAUGACCGCCGACACCGUCUCGAUGAGCGAAGGGCGGAUCGUGAUCCUCGUCGACGACGUGGCGAGCGUCAAGAAGGAGACAAGGAUGAUGGCGCUGGAUGGACUGCUCGUCGCAGCCAAAGAUGGGCGGUCCUGGCGCUUCUCGAGCGUCGCCCGCCGCGACGACGCGUUCAACAAGAUCCUGUCGCUGUCGUCGGCUCACUGGCAGCCCACGUAG